CGGAAGCAACGAAAAGAAUGCUGGGAAUGUUACCCCAUCGCCAUGUUGGUUUAGGAGAAAUGAACACCCCGAUACGAUUCGAGACUUUAAACACAGAAAACUUCCGCGCUGCUGAAAGUAUAUGAGUAAGAUUAAUUGAAGAUACGAAAGAAAGUAGAAAAAUUAAAAUGAGCGGUCCAGAAGAGCGAAAAGCCAAGCGAAGGCGGCACAAGGGCAGUUCUGUCGUCAAGACCUCAAACCAGACAUGUCAAAGUUUUCCUGGGUCACUAGGUUUUGAUAUGUCAAACCCUGCUCCAAAGGAGAUAUUGUCGCCAAGUCUUGAUUCCGAGACUAUGCAGAAAUUAGAAAAAUUAAUGGAUGCCAAGGAUGAUAGCGAACUUCCUCAGCUAUUGUCUCUGUCCAGAGGCCCUAACCCAUACCUGGAUAAGGAACGGUGUCUUCUGUGUGGGUGUGAGAGAAACGAGGUUCCUGACCCACUUUCAUUUGGAGAUACUGAUGGCUCGUGCAAGGGCAUGGAAAAUGCUUUGUCUCAGUUACCUUUGUGGGUAUGUUUGGAGUGCAGGAAAGCCACUGAACAAGGGAUUGAUAGAAAAGUUGACAUGACAUCAUUUAUGGAUGCAGAUUUACCACCAGAGCCAUCACCUUUGCCGUUUUUGGACCCAGGUUUGGACUCUGAGCCAGCUGCACCCAGUGGCACAGUUUGUAACUGUGAGGCAUGCUCAGAGAGAAGACAAAUAGAGACAGAACAUGACAGGGAGACUCAGGAACUUCAGAACUGUUGGACCGACUUACGAAAACUUGUACGCAUGUUGUAUGGGAGACGGGAGGGGGAUUUGUAUGAAGAGGAUACAAAUGUUCCCGAUGACGAUUCGGCCCAAGAGCUGGUUCAUAGACUGUGUGUUAGAGAUCCUCACCAACUCUUCCUAAGAUUGGAGUCCCAGGUCCGAGAAUUUGUGAUAGAAAUGAAAGUGAAACUGCUGAAGCAACUCAACUCUGGCUACAAAUCUCCUCCUGAGGCCAAGUCUUUCAUUCAGCUCCUUCUGGACGAAUAUGAACAUCUUUGUGUGGUCUCACGGAAAAUGGGCAAAAUUUUAGAAAAAUUAAAAACUGAUCAUCUCUCUAAGUUUAAUGUGACAUGGGAACUGCACAACAAGCACCUGUUUCAGUCCAUUGCCUAUACAGAACCUUCCAUUCAGAGCAGUCUUCACCUUAUUAUUUCACAGCUCAGGCUUGGUGCCGCCUCUAAGGAGUCGUAUCAUGAGGAUACAUAUCCGAAUCUUUUACAUCGUUACUUAAAGUUUGACGAUGAAAUGUCUGUGAUAUCUGUAGUGUGGCGGGACAGUCAUCAACUGAUUGAACAAUAUAACGAGGAACAGGCCACAUUGAAAUUGAAACAAAAAAUGCUCAAAGAGGAUUGGGAGUUCUUCAAGGCACAAAGAAAGAUUUUGGAAGAGCAGGUGGUGAAAAGUAAUACCUCACCAAUGUCUCAUAGUUUUGAAGCACAGUUUACAGAAACGAUGCGGAUGAUGUUACAGGGGACUAAGCCAGGUCCCGAGGAAUGCCAUUGUCCGCGAUGUAACCGGAAGAGAUGCCCCUGUGAUGAGUGUACAAUAACUCAUAUGAUCACCUGUGGAAUAAUCAAUCCUGAGGCAUUGGAGGCUAGUAAUCCUGGGGGACACCCCACCUUUCUCCAUGACCCCAACCGUUACCGGAUUGAUGUCAGUCCACCUUCCAUGUCAAGUACCACCUCUAGCAGUGGGUCAUCUAGUCCGCUCAUCCCUGAGAGACUCGCUGACCCAUUCAAUGAGUCAGUCCUAAGGGAGGGUAUGGCAGACCAUGAAAUUCAGUCCAACGAUGGAGAAAAUGAAGAUCGUGAAAGAAUGGAUGAGGAAAAUGGUGACGAUGUGAAUAUAUACGAUGAUGAUGAGGAGGAAGAUGAAGAGGAGGAGGAGGAGGAAGAAGAGGACAAGGAAGCAGGUCAGAUGGCUGACAUGGACAUAUGUGAUGAAGAAGAAGAAGAUGAUGAUGAUGAUGAACUUGAUAACUACGAUAUUGACUAUGAUGAAGAAGAUGAUGGGCGAGGAGUAAGAGAGGAGUCUUUGGAGAAGAACUCGCAUGGUAUUAGGGAACUGAUAUCUCCCUCCAUGUAUUUAGGAGAUGAUGAUGAUGACGACGACGACGAUGAUGAUGAAGCACUUGAUGAUCUCAUUAGCUCAGAGAAAUGUGAUUGCUUUCACUGUAAAAAGCAAGCACAGAAUGAGCUUAAGACAAAGCAGGAAGAAAACUCUUGUAAGUGCUAUGCCUGCUUACGAGAACAAGGAAAUACAGUGUCGACGUCUUUACCUCAGACCGUUGCUCCUGAAACAUCACGACCAGCUGAGCUUCAUCUGUAUCCUCACAUUCACGGAUCUCCCAGUCUGCAUGCACUGGCCAAUCACCACGUUCCUCCUCUUCUACCUACUCAGUUGUACGACCUCCAUAUGCCAAUCCGCCAGCCUAAAUCCUUACUGCACACUACAGGGAAAGUUUUACCAAAGCUGGACUUUGAUAAUCCUGAAGGAAUCCAUGAACAUAUGUACCAUGCUUAUGGAGAAUGGGAUAAUACUUACGAUGCUCGCAUUCCUUUUCCUAAGUACAGUGGUAUUAGUACUGAUCUUCUUCCUCCUCCUCCCCUAACGACUAAUUUCUCCACUGCAAACUUCUUGAAUGAACCUUUCUCAGUGGCAACUCAGAUGGGGGUUGAGACCGUAUCAACCACUACAAUACCAACAAGUGCUUUCAAAACCUCUGUCAGUCACCAUGUGUCACUGUCUACUCCCCAGUCAAUGGCAAAUGUCUCAAACAUGAGCCAUGACCAUAGUGCUGUGAUGGUGACCCAUAGUGAUAUGCCUGUUAGUAGUAUGAGCCCACCAUGCACAAGGCCAGUCACAUUGGGAGGCAAUAUCUCACAGAAUCAGGCAGUCUGUCCCGCCCCCAGUGUAUCAUCAGUAGCAGACCAAAAACAGCAUUCUCAACACUGUAAAAGGCAUAACUCUACCCUACUAGGAAAGACCAAUGCCAACUGCCAGUCUCACAAUAAUAAUAACAGUACUAGCACAGUUAAGGUCACUCAGGAGCUAUUCUCUGCUGCUAGAAAUAUCCGGGAGAAUGCCAAAGAGGGCAUGCAGAUGAUUCGCCAGUUUGCUAACAGUUUAAAUACCAACAAUAACAGCCAUUCUUGUAACCACAAUAAUCGGAAUGCUCCCAACCAUGUGCAUCAGCCCACUUCAGACCAUAACCACUGUCCAAAUGGUGUGUCCAUGCCGACGACUGUCAAUAACGUUAGUGUGGGCACAUCAACUGUUUGUAUGGAACCAAAUUGUAACAAUCACUGUGGGGAUGAGAACUGUGAUAGUGUAGACGACAGCUGCUCAGAACAGAGUUCCUCCACGUCCACAUCCAACCAAAAGGAGGGCAAAUACUGUGAUUGCUGCUACUGUGAAUUUUUUGGUCAUGGAAAUCCUCCAGUGGCACCAACAAGUAAGAAUUACGAAGAAAUGAGGAACAGGUUGCGACUGAGGCUAAAGCGGAAGCUCGCCGGGGGCGGGACGAAUGUCGGGAGAGCUAUUGUCAUACCCCCGGCGGCAGCAUCCUUAGACAGCAAGCAACAAAGUGAAAAACAGCAGGAUGCUCACCAUCAGAAUUGUAUAAUGGCAAAUUCCAAUCACAAUAACAACUCACCAGCCCCACCAGUGAAGUGUGAAGACAAACCAGAGAGUCCAAAGGAUGACCCGGUGGAUGUCAAAGGCUUGGAUGAACUGCUCAACUACAUUAAUGGUACCGAGAAUAAAGACCAGGUUCCAGAAAAAUCCUCUAAAGCAUUGAAGCGGGCUAGGCAGAAGCAACGUAAGGCCGAGGAGAAAGCCAGACUUGAAGCAGAAAGAUUAAGAAGGGAAGAAGAGGAAGCUGAAAAAGAAAGACAGAGACUAGCUAAGUUGGAGUUGGAAGAGAAAGAGAAAGCAGCACAGAAGAAAAAGAAGAAGAAGAAAAAGAAAGGAGUGGAAAUAACUAAUGGUAUUGACCUAGAUCUGAAUCUUGUUAGAGAACCUCCAGCAGGUAGAGAGGAUGACACAGCUCAGAAAGAGAAAAGCAAAUCUAGUGCCAAGAAAUCAGCUUCCAAUACUUCGCAACCAGUAGGCAAAGUCAAAGACACUUCAAAUAAUGCCACAUCUCCAAGAGUUGCUGAGACAACAGCAGGAAUUCAGGCUACUGCCCCGAUGGUGAAUACUCCCAAAGCUGCCAAGGAGAAGAGUAACAAAUCUAGUCUGCCUGAUAAUACAAAAAAGCUGGGUGAAAAUAAGAAGGUUCCAGUAACAAAUGGCAAUGACGGAAGUGCUAAUCAUAAAACCAAAACUGUGAUAGAGGAGGUUCUGGAACAGAAUGCGAAAAAAGUGAAAAAGACUGCUGUCAACCAGAGUAAUGUUAUCUUACAACCAGUUCCUGUUGCCACUCAGUCCAUGAAGACAACAGUAUCUCCCAAAGUGUCAAUGGCCCAGCAAGUCCAACAGCCCAUACAGGCCCCUAAGUCACAAAAACAAACAGGUCAAGAGCAACUUCCAAAAUCUGCACCUGCCUCAAAACAGACACCUCAGUCCCAGAGACAAAAUAUUCCUCAGUCUCCUCGGCAACAGGCCAAACAACAGAUACCACCUGCCCACCAACAACAAUCCUCUGAAGUUGUUAAAAGUAUGCAGCAUCCUCCUACUCUGCAUCCUCCAUUUUCAAAUAUUACUAAGCUUUCUAAACUGACCCCAGAAGAGAUUAGUAAACAGCAGACUCUAGCUGCACAACUGAUAGCCAGGCAACAGCAGCAACAACCCCUGCCACAAAAGCAUGUGCCAAGACAGAAUGGGGUACCUGCUAGCUUUUCACAGCAUAUUCCAACAAGUUUGCAACAAAACCAUGUAGUUAGGCCUUGUGUGGUUCAGAAUGGGAAGACAAGUAUUUCUCAUGGAAUGAAUGGUGUGAUGUUUAGACAGCCUCCACCCCCUCCAGUAUUUUCCUCACAGCCUCCUACUUCACUGAUAUCCAAGUCACCGGACAAGAAAAACAAUGCUCACAAGCAAGAUGAUUCACCGCCAGACCAGGGUAAAGGAAGCAAGAACAAGAAGAAGAACAGGAAGAACAGAAACAGUGAAGAUUUAAGUGUCAUUGAUGAAAUCUUCAUGCCAAAGUCCGAUGGAGAUAUCGAUAAUGGAGAGAUGGAUGAGGUGGAAAAAGAACUUGAAGAGUUUAAAAGAUUUUGUUUGAACAAUACGCCAGUAAAAAGAGAAAAAUUACAAGUCAACAUGAACUUGAAAGAUAUUUUCGCUAAGAAGAAGUCUGGGUUGGGGUGCAGCUGAGCAACAGAUACCCAUGGUGCAUCAGACUUUUUCAGUGUUCGGCUUUGAAUAUUGAAUUUUUUUUCGUCAGUGUUAUAAAAAGCUCUUAUUGUAAAAUGAAAUUUGAUCAAAGUAUUUCACCAAUUUUCUUCCUGUCUGAUUAGCAUUGGUAAAGAGUGAACUGAUAAAAACAGUUUAAAGUUAUCAAUGCCUGCAUUGUACUGGGAAAUUUUUGGCCCCAUCUAUUUUGCCCUUAUCUUGGAUAGACAAAUUCAAAACAGGACAAAUUUGGAUAUACUUAUUACCCUAAAUUUGUAAUAAAUGGUUUGGGGCAAAUUUGAAUGAAGUUGUUAUUCAAUCUGUAUAGGGUGAAAUUAUAGGAGUUGAAAUUUUCCCAGUACACAUUACUACAAGGAUUUUAUGCAAAAGUUUCAACAAAUUAAGUUUUGAAAUGAAUUUUGAAACCUUUUAGACAUGAAGGCUAAUUGAUUGCAAUUAAAUAUCAUCGUGGUGAUGUCCGAGAUUAAUUAAUAGACUUGGAUACCACAAUUGUCUUGUUUUGAAUAAUGAUGACCUUAAAAUAUAUUAAUUGCACUUGUUAAAUGAUACCUAAUAUUUCCUGUGAAAUAUGCUGUACUUCUGUGUCACAGCCUAAUGGCUUUUAGUGAUUGUUGACCGUUUUCCCAGUUGUUAAAGCCGUUAUUUUUAUUUAUUUCCCUUUUUACCGGCUUAUGUUUUAAUCAGACUAUGCAAAGCACAUACGUUGCUCUGUGGAUGUCAAUCACGUUUUUGUCAACCAAUGUCAAAGUGCAGUGUCGGUGUUAAUCGUAAAUUGAAUGAAUUUCUAUUAUCCACUGUGUUAUAUGUGAUGGAAUUAAUAUACAAUGCAUUGAAGGAAAGAUGUUUCUGGUGUCUGAAUUAAUUAUACUGCUGUAUUGAUGAUGUGCAUGCAAGAUUUGUGUUUGUGCAUGAAAGUACUGUUUGACAUGACCUGUAGAUAAAAAGAUUUAAUAAUAUAUACUUCCUGCUAUUGGGAUCUAGAAGAGUGAUUGGAACUGGCAGAUCCACUCCGGGGCUGAGGAUGUCUUGGGCUUUGUUGCAUGUUGGCCUAAUAUUUUGAAGUUAUGUUGCCAUGUACAUUUAAUAAAUGAAAUGGACACUUGA